AUGCAGCGGCUGCAGCAGAAGGUUGCCCGGAGCGUUCACCUCCGCAGCGCGUCCGAGGCCAUUCCGUCCUCCGCGGCCAAGCUCGCCCAGGUCAUCUUCGUUCCCAAGGCUGGUGACAAGGCUUCGCUCCAGAAGGCCCUGCCGAUUGACGUGCCCGAGCACGCGCUCGACGACUUUGCUGGCGACGCCAAGGAGACUAUGCUACUGUACCCUGGUGCAGGUCCACGCACGCUUCUCGUGGGUCUCGGCGAUAAGAUUGACGAAGUCUCGCUCCGCGAUGCGACGCAUGAAGCCAUUGCGCAGCUCUCGGCCAAGGGUGUCCAGCAGGCGUACUUGCAGGCGCCGUCCGUGGCAUCGAUCGCUGACCGCCGUACGUCGCUUCUUUCCAACUACCGCUUCGACCGUCAUGUGACAAGCAAGGAGACCGACAAGGCGGCGCUCACCGACAUUUUUGUGCAGGCCAGCGCCGAGUUUGCUUCGGACGUGGCCGAGAAGCUCCUUGUCGCGGAAGAGACGCUGAUGGCACGGAACCUCGGGAACGAGCGCUCGGACGUCGUGGACCCUGCAUUCGUCGAGGAGAUUGCGCGGGCGUCGGCGGCCGAGCUGCCCAACCUCACGGUCAAGGUGCUGCAGGACGCAGACUUGCGCGCCGAGGGCAUGAACAUGAUGGCGCUCGUGGGCCAGGCCGCGGUUGUGCCGCCGCGUCUCGUGAUCCUCGAGUACAGUGGCAACCCGUCGGCGCCGUCCGAGAAAAUUGCGCUCGUCGGCAAGGGCAUCACCUUUGACACGGGUGGUCUCAACCUCAAGCCCACGGGCUUCAUUGAGGACAUGCACACCGACAUGUGCGGUGCCGCGGCCGUCCUCGGCGCCGUUCGCGCGGCCGCCAAGGCCAACCUGCCCGUGAACGUCGUCGCCGUGCUCGCCCUCGCGGAGAACGCGAUCGGCUCCAAGGCCGCCAAGCCCCACACCAUCGUCCAGUCGCACAAAGGCUUGACGGUCGAGGUCAACAACACGGACGCCGAAGGCCGCCUCGUGCUGGGCGACGCGCUCUCGUACGUCCAGCGCUACUACGCGCCGCACACGGUCAUUGACGUGGCUACGCUCACGGGUGCUUGCAUCGUCGCCCUCGGCGAGUACACGGCGGGUCUCUUCUCCAACUCGGACAAGCUGGCGACGGCGCUCAUCGACGCGGGAGCGUCAACGCACGAGCGCUGCUGGCGGCUGCCGAUUUUGCCCGAGCACACGGCCGAGCUCAAGGGCAGCAUGAGCGAUUCGCGUAGCAUGGGCACGGGUCGGUACGGCGGUGCCUGCACGGCCGCCGCCUUUCUGCAGCAGUUUGUGGACAAGGACGUCGCUUGGGCGCACGUCGACAUUGCGGGUCCGUCCAAUUACUCGGCGCAGCGCUCGUACAUGCCUGCGGGGGCCACGGGCUUUGGCGUCCAAGUGCUCUUCGAGUUCCUCAAGCGAGCGUAAAUUGAUUG